AUGAUUAGCUCACUAAGGAACAAAUUUGAGCAUUUCAAGGUUUCUGAAAAGGGAGGUAAAGAACUUUCUACCACAUUACCAAAAUUACCAUCUGCAAAGGAUCUCGAUAAGUCCACUAUCUACAAGUAUCGUUAUAAUUAUGGUGUAAACUUGGGAGCUUUGUUUGUACUCGAGCCAUGGAUCUUUUCUAAAGAAACGCUAUGCACGAUCGAUGGCAAAGAAUAUGAAUCUGAAUACGAUGCAAUUUCUCAACAACUGAAGAAGCAUUCUACUGAAGACGUUGCGAAAAUGUUGAACGACCACUAUAAGAAGUAUAUUGAUAGAAUUGACUGGGAAUGGCUGUCUAAAGACGCUCAUGUCACAGCUCUACGUAUUCCAAUUGGAUACUGGCACGUUGAAGAUGGGAAGCAUUUAGAUUCGUUACCAUUUGCGUCCUUGAAAAGAGUUUAUGAACUAGCUAAACCUUGGGAAAAACUUUCUGGGUUAAUCAGCACGGCCAAGGAAAUGAACAUUGGUGUAUUGAUAGAUUUUCAUGGCCUACCAGGAGGGGCUAAUAGUGACUCUCAUAGUGGCUUAAAGAAUGACGAAGCUGAAUUUUUCCACAAGGAAAAGUACAUGACUAAAGUUUAUAAAGAAAUUUUACCUGCGGUUAUCAAAACUAUGACUUUAGAUAAUGAAAAUAUCAUUGGAGUUCAAGUGGUUAAUGAAGCGUACUUUGAUAAUAACCCUAAGGGUCAAAAAUUCUAUUAUUCAGAAGCCAUUAAUGCCAUUGAAAAUCUUCAACCUGGUCUACCGGUCGUAAUAUCUGAUGGCUGGUGGCCCCAACAGUGGGCAGAUUGGGCGAAAGAAAAGAAUUUCAGCAACACUGUGGUAAUCGAUUCACAUGUAUAUCGUUGUUUUUCUGAUUCUGACAAGUCUAAAGAUGCCAAUACAAUUAUCAAAGAGUUGCCGAGUACUGUAAAUUUUCCUUAUGACGAUACCGACUAUACCGUGGGCGAAUUCUCUGGUGUUCUUGAUGGACAAACAUGGGAAAAAACGUCUGGUGACAGAGCUGCUACUGUUCAAAAAUAUGUACAAACACAAGUGAACAUAUUUUCACAUGUAGCCAGUUGGGGCUGGUUUUUCUGGACUUUACAAUUCGAAUAUGGUGAUGGAGGUGAAUGGGGUUUAGCACCCAUGAUGCAAAAUGGUAAUUUACCGAAACGUCCUCAUGGUAAUGGUUUGCAAAUCGACAAGAAGAAAAUCGAUUCAAUAAUUGAAGAACAUAAGGCCUAUUGGGACGGUAAAGGUAAAAAUUUUGAACACUGGAGAUUUGAAGAUGGUAUAAAUACAGCUGUUGAUGAUAUAAUCGCCUUUAGAAAAUUUGAUAAUUCGUUGAUAGGUAGAUGGCAUUCUUGGAAAGCGCAAAGAAGAGCAGAGUACAUUUCUGUCAAAAAAGACAGCGAAUUCAUGUGGGAAUGGGACCAAGGGUACCAGCGUGGGUUGGACGAGUUCAAUAAAUACUAA